UUAAAGGAGGUAGGUAUGGACUUCAGUUUGGACUGAUCCUAAAAAGAGAAGAACAAUAAUAUUUUUUUUGUAAAGCCUCAUUGCUUAACUUUGAGAGGGAAGUUUAAGGACCUGUAUGUUUUUGUUGCUGAAGGGAAAGGUGCAUUUAAAUGACMUAAUUAUAGAAAUUGUUGUGCACGUCUAAGAUUGAUUUAGCUCUAGAAACGUUCACAGAUAUGAGCUUGCCAACAGAGAGAGCAUGAUAGUUAUAUUGUUAGUGUUCACAAGCAGAAACACAAGUUCAAAAUAACACAAAGAGUGAAAUGUAUUUUGUCUGAUGGACAGAAUAUGAGCAUCUCUUGAUAUUCUAUCACUCUUUCACUAUAUAUUUGGUGCCGCAACUGGAUAUAUUUUCUGAACUGACAUUCAAAAACCCACCGUCUGGGAAAAGAACAGUGGAUCCCAAGCUCUCAGACCACAUAGGCUGUGGUUAUUCCAGAAUCCCUGGGAUGUGUCAUUCCUCCUCUUUUUAUUCUGCAUGACUGAAAGCUGCUGGGAAGGAGGACAGGAUUUCUCUGAGGCUGGAGUCAUUCUAAAGCACAGAAUUGGCCCUGUGAGAGAAAGCUUUGAAUGUUKACUGACUCCAUAGAUAACCAUCAUUCAGCUGAAAACUUCAGUGGGACUUCCUAAAGCCAAACUGCAGGCUUACGCUCGAUGAAUAGCUGGCACUUGCUGCCGUGUGGAGAAUGUAUUCUACACACAUUCUCAGCACAUAAUUUGUGUGUUUUUUAAGGAUCCAGAAAGUUGUUUCAGUGUCUUUUAACACUCAUUUGACAUUGGAAAAGUUGACUGAUUUCUUACUGGAUUUUUUAUCCCCCUGAUUAAUUAUAUUUAAAGGGUAGUCMUCUCUGCUACCAUGAGUCUGGGAAAACUUCCAGGGAUUAAAGGCCUAGUGUCGGGCUCUCAGGGGAAGAGGCGCUUUAAGAGCGAACUCUCCGUGGACAUGAUCAGCCCACCGCUACCAGAUUUUCGCCACGCUGUGCACGUGGGCCGCGGCGGCGAUGUGUUCGGGGACACCUCCUUCCUUAGCAACCAUGGGGGCAAAGGGGAACCAGUGAGCCCCGAUUCACCCACCAGCAGCACGAAGACCACCCGCUUCUUCUCCCGCACCCUGAGGCAUGUACGCAGGUCCCCCGUGCCAGUCGGUUCCCGUGACCUUUCACCCCCACCGCCUCCUGUCUCACCCAUCAUCAAGAACGCUAUCUCACUGCCCCAGCUGARCAUUGRCAUGCCCAACGGCUAMCAGAGGGUGCUGUUCCCCAGCUCAGUGAGCUCCCCAGAUGCCUCCCUCUACAGCUACGGUCUGCAGUCUGGUUUCGUCACACUACCCCGCCACUCCCGCCUUGAUAAACAGCUGCAGGACGUCACCGGACUGUUCGCUCCGGACUUUCACUGUGGCUCGCUCCCAGACAACGACGGCUUCGAGCUAACGCGCUCUGACUCCUUCACCUCGUUCACAGUGGACCUUGGCCCCUCCCUCAUGAGUGAGGUUCUGGGCAUGAUUGACAGCCCCAGUUGCCUCACUAUGCCCAAUCACAGCUGGGAGUUGGGGGAAGAGGAGGAAGAGGAGGAGCAGAGCUCUGUGUUUGAGCUGGCUGUGCAGAGCCCCAUGCAAAGCUCAUCAAACCCUUCCAUAUUAAGCACUCCGCUCAAAGUGAAUGUGAACAACAGGGGAGAGGAGGAGGAUGAAAGAUCUCUUAAGACGCCAGACGCAUCUAUGGGGUCUCCUACACAGGUAGAACCAGUUAUGGAAGCUGAGAGGUUCCAGAGGGCAGCUGACGUGCUAGCGCGUCACUACGGGGGAGGCUCCUUCUCCAGGAGUCAACGCAGCGAUUCUGCCUCCUCCUCCUCCUCACCCCUCAGCCAGCCUAAAGUCCCUUACRCCUUCCCUGAGGAAGAGGAGAUCAAAGUCUGAAACAUUUACCAAAUGUCUAUCAUUGUGAGGAGAAGAACCCUUUUGAUCAUUAGACUACUUACUGGGUGACCUUGGUUCUGAAUCCUUGCACUCAAGACCUUCAUGUUUUUCAAUAAACCUUUUACAUGAAUGAUUUGAAUUG